AUGCGUAUCAUCCUCGCUUGGCUGCUCUUCGCUGUUGUUACAGCACAGAGCUACAACUACGGCGGCGUUGAUAUCGACUCCCUCACACGCAGACAAGACCCCGAUGCGCCGAUCGUCGUCAAGGCCUUGCCUCAGACUCGCAAUGGCACUACACCACUGAGGCUCGAGAUACGACAGAUGAAGGCCGAUCGAUACAAAUGGGACUUGUUCAUACUCUCCAUGAGCAUGUUCCAGGAUGUCAGUCAGGACGACCCUGCUUCGUGGUACAAGAUCGCUGGGAUUCACGGAGUUCCCUUCGAGGCAUGGAAUGGUGUUGAGGCGGCUCCAGGAGCAAACCAGUCUGGUUAUUGCGCUCACAGCUCCGUUCUUUUCCCAGUGUGGCACCGACCUUAUCUAGCUCUCUUUGAGCAAGAGCUAUAUCAUAUGGCCAAUGUCAUUGCCGGCAUGUUUCCUAACGGGACCGAUCGGCAAACAUAUUUAGACGCUGCACGCGACUUCCGAAUGCCAUAUUGGGACUGGGCAAUGCCUCCCCCUCCAGGAGAAUCACAUUUUCCUGAUGUAUUCUGGAAUGCGACCAUCUCCCAGUGGGGUCCUCGAGGUGUUCAGGAGAUACGCAACCCUCUCUACUCGUACAGGUUUCAUCCAAAAAACGCAACUGCUAUGGUAUGGAGUCCACUGAGAGACUGGGACGAGACCAAGAGAGCCCCUAACGUAUCUGAGAGUGAAACCGACCCAACGUCUGACAACGAAAAGGUCAACGCUGCGCUACUAUCGAGACUUCCAGAGAUACAACGGCGCCUAUAUGAGCUUUUGACUAGUUACAAGGACUUCAACAGCUUCGGGACCAAGGCAUGGGGUGCUACGCAGAAUUUGUCAACGGCGGACUCGAUCGAAUCUGUUCACGACAUUAUUCAUACCGACGGCGGUCUUGGAGGACACAUGACAUAUGUCCCUCUGUCUUCGUUCGAUCCACUGUUCCUACUUCACCACGCCAUGACAGAUCGAGUAGUUGCCAUAUGGCAAUCUCUUAACCCGUACUCAUGGGUCACUCCAAUGCCGGCGGGUGAAAACAGUUUCACCACUCUCAAGGGGGAGAUGCAAGACUCUCAGUCCCCGUUGACUCCGUUCUUUGCGUCUGUUGACGGCACCUUCUGGAACUCAGACACAGCCAGGACAACAGAAGCUUUCGGAUACACGUAUGCUGAUACUGAUCUCACGGGGAAACAGAAGGAAGAUGUUCGACAAGACUUACAAAAGAAGGUGAGCGAAUGGUGGGGAGGUUCAGCUGCGGUUGGUCUUCAGGCGGGCACGGAUAUUAUGAUGGCAGGCGGAAUCUCUUCGACAGACUACACGGCCAAAUGGACUAUCGCUGUCUUGGUAAAUAUGGGGGCAUUUCCCGGGUCCUACACCAUCUACUUCUACCUGGGACAGCUGCCCACCGACUGUGGUGAGCAAACAUCUCAUUAUGUCGGCGGUAUCCCAUUUGCUGGUAAUCUCAUGGCAAACCCAUCAGACUCGGUGAUUACAGCAGCACUGCCCAUCCAAUCUCGACUCAGAGAAAGGGUCAUAUAUGGAGAUCUUUCCAGUCUGAGUUUCAAAGAUGUCGAGUAUUAUCUGCUGGAACGAGAGAAGCUCCAGCUCUGUGUGAUGGCCGACUUCAGAAGGGAUGUGGACCCAGCUCAGAUCAGUGGGCUACGUGUUGAAAUCGUCCGCUCAAGUCAUAAAGAUGGUCGAGAUUCGUUCAAGAUAGACACUUCCUAG